AUGGGCACUCAGGGGAGGCGCACUCCUGCUCCACGUCCGCCGCACCGUGGUCAGCCACCUGCCAUCCAGUUUUCUACAGUUGCAGGUCCCUUGGCGCGCUUUGUUUUUGUUUAUGCUGGGCAGGCACAAGCUGACAAUGCUCCAUCAUGUCCAGCGUACGUGCGGCCAAACAAAUUACAGGGGCACUGCGUCACCUGCAGGAAUUUCCAAUCUACAUUGUCAAAUGCCAUCAAAAGUUGUUGGACAUGUCGUAACAUUAAUUUGACAUUUUACUGCCCUGGACGUGGGCCAAGGGAUCGUGCGAAUGAAAAUCCAUAACCAAAAAAAAAAAAACCGAAAGGAGAGUGGAACGAAUUAUGCGUAAAUAGUCAACUCGUUAAGAAAUCUGUCUAGGCAACGUCAUGCCCCCAGGCGCCCGACCGCAACGACACAGGACGGCUGUCAAGGAUGCUGCAGACUGCAAAAGAUAUCGCAGGCAGAUGAUGCAAGCUGUUGGACGCACUAAAAGCUCCACAGCAUAGCUGUUGCUGCUGCCAAAUCUCGUUGCAGAGCUAGUGAAUCUGAUUUGCGGUCAACUGCAACAGCAGUUGCAGCCACAGCAUCCGUCUUGUUAACCCAAAUAUAUA